AUGAAUUCAAUCUGGCGACAAUCGAUCAGAGCCCAACGUCGUCUUCUACCGUUCCUCACCCAGCGGGCGUCAAUUGCCUCUUUCGCUUGCAGAACACCAAGAAAGAACGGAGAACUUACACCCUCUAUCCAUCUGAAGAGAACAACCAUGUCUAUUACUACAGGCUCAAAGAAUCAUUUCGAGACCACAUCUGGCGCAACCGAUGCCGUAUGGGUGCACCUCGAUGAGUACGGCAACCGCGCUGGGGCUGAUAUCAAGCCGCUGGCGAGCGAUAUCGAGGCUGAUGUCUGCAUCAUCGGUUCAGGAAUCGCUGGCGUUUCUAUUGCCUAUGAACUGGUCACCCGCGGCAAGCAGGUAGUCAUGCUCGAGGCGCGAGAACUACUUUCCGGAGAAACUGGUCGAACAAGCGGGCACUUGUCCAACGCUUUGGACGAUGGAUACCUUGAAAUAAAGAAAAAGCAUGGAAAGGAUGGCGCAAAGGCUGCCGCGGAAAGCCACACUUGGGCCCUCAACUACGUUGGCGAGGUAUCCCAAAAGCUAGGCAUCGACUGCGAGUAUCGCAAGCUGCCGGGCUACAUGAUCUCGCAAUACGCACGAAAUGACCCCAAACAUGCCGAGGAUUUGGAAGAGGUUAAACAAGAGGUCGAGUUCGCCAAAGAGCUGGGAUUGGACGUCGAGUUCCGAGAGGGCUUGACUGUGAAAGGGUGGUCUGCUGAGCCCGGUAGGCCUGACCAACGUGACGGAGCUAUUUGGCAUGGCCAAGCAACAUUCCAUCCCACGAAAUACUUGAACGGCAUUCUUCAGUUCCUUCUUCAGCAGCCUAAUUUCAAGUGUUACCCUCAAACGAGAGUCAUGUCUGUUGAUGAACCCGGCAUUGAGAUUCUCGGCAUUGGAAACAAGCACGUUGAGGUCAAGACUCAAAAUGGUCAUAUCGUCAAAUGCGAUCAUGCCGUUGAAGCAACCAACGUGCCGUUGCAGAAGCUUAGCGUUGUUGCUGAAAUGGAGUACAACCGUACUUACUGCAUUGCGAUCAGAGUCCCGAAGGGCUCUGUCGAAGAUUGUCUCCUCUACGACACCGCGGAGGAAUACAAAUAUGUCAGGAUGACUGCUUGCGACGACAAAAAUGACUAUAUGGUUAUUGGCGGUUGCGAUCACAAGGUUGGACAGGAAGAUCCCUUUGGAAGAUUUGAGGAGCUCGAGACUUGGGUCAGAGAACGAUUCCCUCAGGCUGGCACAGUUGACUACAAGUGGAGCGGACAGGUCUUUGAGCCCGUCGACUACAUGGCCUUCAUCGGCUUGAACCAAGCUCAAAAGCGAACCUUCAUUGUAACGGGCGACUCUGGCAAUGGCCUCACUCAUGGUGUCAUUGCAGGCAGACUCAUUGCGGAUGAGAUUGACGGCGCAGAGAAUAGCUGGGCGAAGCUGUACUCACCGAAACGAAAGGCCUCUAUCUUGGGAUCAGCAGCGACCAUGAUUUCGCAUGACCUCCAAAUCAACAGUCAAUAUAAGCGGCUCUUGCAGUCAGACAUCACCGACAUUGAAGACUUGGUUCCAGGCUCUGGUGGCGUGUUGAACCCGAAGACGUCAAAGCCGAUUGCUGUGUACAAGGACGAAAGCGGUAAGGUCACCAAAGUCAGCGCUUUGUGUCCGCACAUGAAGGGUGUUGUAUGUUGGAAUGGAGUGGAGAAGUCAUGGGAUUGUCCGGUUCAUGGUAGCCGGUUUUCAAAGGAUGGCUUGUGUGUCGAAGGACCUUCCAAAGGCAACCUUGAGCCUGUAAAAUAA